CUCUCCUAACAGCACAGGCCACGAGGUACUAUGUUGGGGGCGGGAUGAAGCUUACGAAGCAAUCCACGUGGAACAAGAAGCAAAUGAACCCAUGGAGCGUGCGCAACAUGAAGAAAUGGAAGGCCCCCGCUGAAGUUAAAGUUGGAGACGAGUUUGUUUUUAUAUGGAACACCAAGGCGGGUGUGUAUCAGUACAAUGGCGCGGACGAGGGGGAUUACGAGGGGUGUGUUAAGAACUCCCAGCGAGGAACCAUGCUCGCCCCAACCUCUCUUUUUGGAAG